GGCUUGUGACGUCACCGUGGUGCUUUUGAUAGGGAAACGGGACUGGUGGCGGAUGAAGAUGGUCGGAGGUGUUAUCCAGUAGGUUCGUCCGCCUCCAGGAGGACAAACGAGGUACGGAUAGUUUUGUGGUGGACUUCCGAAAGUUCUCCGUGGAAGCUUCCAGGCGAGUGGACGGUUCAACCGACACGCUGCGACGUGACGAUAUCCACAGGCACUCACGAGACCUGCAGGAUGGCCGCGAGUUGGUGUAAAGGACGACUUUUUUCCUUUUUUGACUACAAAACAGAAAAAUUCAUUGUGGCCAAAAAUAAAACGGUUGGGAUUUUGUACAGACUCAUCCAGUUAUCUAUAAUCGGUUACCUAAUAGGGUGGGUUUUCUUAAGCAAGAAAGGCUACCAGGAGAUAGACGAGGCCAUCCAGAGCUCAGUCAUCACUAAACUGAAAGGCGUCUCAGUGACCAACACCACAGAGUCAGGUGUGUUGGUGUGGGGGCCAGAGGACUAUGUCAUCCCACCACAGGGUGAAGCUAUUCUAUUUGUUGUAACCAACUUCCUGGAGACGCCCAAUCAGAAGCUGGGAUACUGCGCUGAGAGCCCCAAAGUGUUGGAUGGCCUCUGUCAGGGAGACGAGGACUGCCAAGAGGGACAUAUAGUGGUGGCUGGUCAUGGAGUCAUGAGUGGUCGAUGUGUACGCAGUGGUCAAAACUCCACUGGUACUUGUGAAAUAUUUGGCUGGUGUCCCGUGGAAAGGCCCUUCAAACCCCAAAGGUCUUUGCUGACAAACGCAGAAAACUUCACCAUCUACAUCAAGAAUUUCAUACAAUUCCCUAAAUUUGCAUUUUCAAAGUCUAACAUUCUAGAUACAACGAACCAGUCGUAUUUGCAGAAAUGCAGAUAUGAUGAAAAGCUGUACCCCUACUGCCCUAUCUUUGGCCUGGGAGACAUCACCAUGAGAGCAGGGUACAACUUCAACGACAUGGCAGUAUUUGGAGGCUCCAUUGGCAUCCACAUUGAGUGGAACUGUGACCUCGACAAAGGUUACUCCAGCUGUCAUCCACAGUACCGCUUCACUCGCCAGGACAUCAGCACGUCCGACAAGGCCAUUGCAGUGGGAUUUAACUUCAGGCAUGUGCGCUAUUAUAAAAAUGCAGCAGGGGAGAGUUACCGAUCUCAAUUCAAAGUCUACGGAGUGCGAUUCAACAUCAUGGUGAAUGGGAGGGCUGGGAUGUUCAGCAUCGUGCCCACAGCCAUCAGUGUUGGUUCAGGGUUAGCUUUAAUGGGCGCGGGAGUUUUCUUGUGUGACAUGAUCCUUCUCUACCUCAUGAAGAAUGGCACCGCUUAUCGGGAGAGGAAGUUUGAGGGACAGUCGGCCAAUGAAGACCGCAACCAAUCCAAUCAAGAACAAAACAGUCUGAAAUCUCCUGAUUUGUAAUGUCAGGUUGUCUCUCAUGUGCUGUCCAUGGUACCAGAGUGCAAAAAGUAAAAUGUGUAACACCUUCUUGCCAGUAGAUGUCACCGGCUCAAGAUUACGUUUAUUCAUUCAUUCAUUAAGAGGCAGGGUCCACCCUGGUGGCCAGCCAAUCAUAGGGCACAUAUAGACAAACAACCAGUCACACUCACAUUCAUACCUAUGGACAAUUUGGAGUCGCCAAUUAACCUAGCAUGUUUUUGGAAUUCAGGAGGAAACCGUAGUACCCGGAGAGAACCCACGCAUGCCCGGGGAGAACAUGCAAACUCCACACAGAGAUGGCCGAGGGUGGAAUUGAACCCUGGUCUCCUAGCUGUGAGGUCUACGCGAUAACCACUCCACCGCCGUGCCGCCUUCCUCACCAAUUCACUUAUUCUAAAUUUAAGAAAGUGGUUCACAGUGGGCAAGAAGGACAAAUAAGCCAAAAACUUACCACUUCCACAUGGAAUGAGAGGAGAACCUUUUUUCAUUCAACCUCAGGUAGGGUAUGGUAUGUUUGUCUCAGCCCUGGCAUGUAUAAAAGGUAUGUAAUGUAAUGUAAUCUAACGUCAUGAUGCCCAGUGACCAUAAUACCACAUAGAACUUGUCUGUCAAUAUUUUAUAAUAGGCCAUACAUAGUCAACCAGAAAAUAGCAAUCAUUUUUUAAUUGUUGUUUUAAAAAACUUGUUGUUUGAGGUGGGAAAGUACCUUAACCUUGAGCCAGUUGCGUGCAGUCCCUUUUUAAAACUUGUUCUGCAAGGAUCACCUGUUGUACAAAAGGGUGUAGAGGAAAAACAUCAUGUCUGAUAUGCACAAGUUCCAGUCAGUGGACAAUGGGAUUAAAAAAAAGAAAGUACGUACUGUUAUUCAAGCGGACAAGGAAGUGAAUGUCGGGCUUGAGAAGGUAUGUGAUGCACCAGUAUAAAAGGGGCCGUAGCCACACACAUGCAUGAACACACAAACACACACACACACUCUGGCAACAUGAAGGUCCUGCUGGUCACGCUGAUGCUUCUGCUGCUCUGCAGCACUCAAGUGCUCACAUUGAAAUGCUACACCUGCAAUGGCGGAGACCAAGAUGAAUGCACCACGGUGACUGAGUGCUUGCAAGGACAAAACUUCUGCAAGACCAUCUCCCACGGU